GUGAAUCCACACGAUUUGCAUUAGGUCUCACUGCUUCCAUUAACAUGGAGGACAUCUGCGAUAUCAAUAUCUUCACGAAGACCAGCCUAAUUGACGACUCCUCAAAGCAAAGUUGGACAUGUAUCAGACUCUGGCCUUCAUUUUAGCCACAGACAUGUUGAUCCAGCUUUAUUCUCUCAGGGGUCCCUUAGUUCGUGCCUCGGUUAAUCAGACUUGUAACCAAAUCUGGGUCUAUUGUGACUAGCUGCAACCAAAAUACUACAAUCUGCAGUUUUGAAUCCAGGUGCUGUCUUCAGCACUAUGAAAGUAUCACAAUGUCGGCUUGUGAAUCCAAACUGGCUCCUCUCUUAUCAACACAUGAACUCAAACUUGCAUGCAUUCAGUGCUCUGUCAAGGAGAAAGAAGUUACGUAUACGCUGAAAUUGGUCAACCACCACUGUGCACAUGAUCUCCUGCUGUGCAGAUCCAAAGGUGGCAGAAAAUGGAGGCCGGUCUCCAGGCGACCCAAGUUCCCAAAUCCGAGUAAGUAUGAGAAAUGCUGCUUCUUCGCGGAGGGCUCUGGAUGCUCGUUCCACAAAAACCGGUGUACCUUCGCCAGAAGUGACGAGGAAGCCGCCGUUUGGACAUUUGAAAAGCACCACAUGGUAGACCACUUGCUCCUCUGUAAUCUCAUUAUUCAGUGUGAGAGAGGAGGUGACCUGCCUGAAAACACAGAACCACUGGGUGACCUCCUGCUAACUUUGGGUGUGAAGGCUGUGUGUGAUCAGUGUUCUGUGAAGGAGAAAGAAAUAACAUACACAGUUCAGUCAGUGAGUCACACGUGUAGUAGAGAUCUGCUUUUAGCCAAAGACAAAGCCUCUGAUAAGUGGAGGCCUGUCUCUGAGCGGCCCACACGUGGACAGUUUGGCCAGAAUGUUAUUUACCAAGAGUGUAAUUUCUACGUCGAGGGCGCUGGAUGUACACAACAUGGACAGGGAUGCACUUAUGCCAGGAGCUGUGAAGAGGCCGCGGUAUGGAACUACGUUAAAGACAGACACAUCGAUCGGGAAGAGUUAAUCAGACUUAUAAUUGAGUCUGAGUUGAUUCAGAUGACACCAGAAAAGGCAGCUGAAGUCAUACAGCAGCAGUUUUCAGGAGAAUUUUUGGAGUUCUGCAAGGACUGCUUUCACGAUCGCCCACAAAAACUGACGGCCAAAAGGUGGAAUUCCACUUGCUCAGCAGACGCAGUGCACACCUGGGACCCAGUCUUAGUUCAUCACCUGUCAGAAAAGAGCAGAAAGCACGUCUACAGCCAGGUGCGCCCUCUUCACCAGAACUGUCAGUUUACGUACUGCAGCCACGUCCAGCAGGGCAAGCCCUGCUGGCACGAGGCCGGCCACUGCCAGUCCGCCCAGAGCGAGGUGGAGAUGGCCGUGUGGAAAGCGGAGCACAGUGGGAUAUCCGUGCGGCCUCACCUCCUCCAGAUGAGCCGGCGAGACCAGACGGAGCACAGGAAGGUCACCAUUUAUUGCAAAAUUUGCCUCCUGGUCCUUUCCUCUCCGGAGAGCUUCUACAAGCACUGCAGUUCUUUGGAGCAUGCCCAGUUACUCUCUGUGGACACCACCGCCAGGUGGAGAGGACGACAGCCCCCACACAACCACCGAUCUGAGCUUUGGCUGUGUGAGAGACCACAAACGUGCGAAUAUGGCAACAAGUGCCCAAAAGCUCAUUCUGUGGAAGAGCUGCAGGAGUGGUUGAUGCGUGCUAAAGAGGAAAAGGAGAUCCGACACAACAUCGGAGUCCAGGGUCUCAUGUGCUACAGCGAAAGGCUCUUGGAGGAAUACAAAAACAGCAGUAACGAAGUACACAUCCUUGCAGAACAAGUUGACGAUGUCAGCAUUUCUUGUGAUGACGAAUUAACUGUGGAGUGUGAACAGAUCAAUGCAACACUGCAGUGGAACUUCCAAGUUGAAACCGAGAGACAACUUGUGCAUGUGGCGCUGCUGAAGCAGGAACCGGGAGCUUCAUUCACCCUUGGUGACCUCGGUCCUGUGCCCUGCAUCUACUCCUCAGGUGAACACUUUCUCAUUGAAGACAUGACCUACAACAUCACCGUGUCCUUCACAGCCAUCAACCCUGGCCUGUAUGACCAGUGGCUGGUGCUAGAUUUUGACACGAGGCCAGUGCUGCUGAAGAAACUCAGAGUAAGAGUUGGCCAACAGUCACUUGAUGACAUUGAGCAACCAACUUUGGAUCGGAGAGCCGCCUUUCAAAGUGCAGAGCGUUGGCAUCGAGGGAACAGGGUUAUCAUCCCGUGUACGUCAAGGACAGAAGCACAGGAUGAGCUGUUAAAGGAGUACAAGCCUCCACAGAUUAACUUCAAGUAUAAAGUAUCCCACAACAGCAAAACACCUCUGAAUAGUGAGAACUACAAAGAAAGAAUGCACCUCUUCCUGUACAAUGAGGAGCGGGCAGAGGACCAGAUUGUUUCACGACUAAAUGUUUGUGGCGAAAUUACAACAUUGGACACGCUGAACAGCACAAAGUUUGGCAUGGAGAUGGCUCCUCCAGGAGAACUGUUCUGUGCCAUCUCAAUUCCUUAUAAUCUCACACCGGACACCCCUGAGGGACAGGCCCUCAAACGAAGCAUCCAGUCUUGCCUGGUAGCCCCCUUAUCUUCAAGUGGUUCAAAAACCAAGGUCUAUGAAGCAAUCAUUCUGCGAGACAAAACAAGUGAGAACAAAAUGUAUUUGCAGCUGUCAAAACAAUGUUGCUUGGAUCUCGCACUGGAAUGCAAUGAAUCGUACCAAAUGGAGGUGCAGUUCCAACUCGAUCGCCACAUCUUCUGCACAAUGCACCAGACCAUAGACUUCCUUCCUGAUACAAAAAGAGUGUUACCAGACCUUCACAACUGUGUAGUUCCUGUGAAUAACAUACACUGUGAGAAGCUGAAUGCAAAGCAGCAAUCAGCGAUUGACUUCAUCACAGGUUAUUCCAAUGGCCAACAAUGUGUAGCACCGCUCCUCAUCUAUGGACCGUUUGGAACUGGGAAAACAUUCACCCUUGCUACAGCAGCCAGAGAGCUUUGUAAGCAGCCUCACAACAAAGUGCUCAUUUGCACCCACACCAACAGUUCUGCAGAUCUGUACGUCAGAGAUCACUUACACCCAUUCAUCGACCAGAAAAAUAAUGGGAUAAGGCCGGUUCGAAUAAAAGCAAAUAGUAAAAAGGCUUUGUUUGCCACAGAUAAGAUUACUCAGAAAUACAGUUUACUUUCGGAAAAUGGACAGUUUUUUUUACCACCUACAAAAGCUGCCCUAGAUUUGCACAACAUAGUCAUCACCACCACAUCAAUGGCGAGACAUUUUCAUGACCUCAAGCUCCCAGAGGGAUAUUUCAGCCACAUACUAAUUGAUGAAGCCUCUCAGAUGCUGGAGUGUGAAGCCUUGAUGGCUCUUGGCCUUGCUGGGCCAAACACCAGAGUUGUUUUGGCUGGAGAUCACAUGCAAAUGGGACCCAAGCUUUUCUCAGUUGAUGAUCAUCACCGUUCAAAUCACACACUCCUCAAUCGCUUGUUCCACUACUAUCAAGGCCAAACGUGUGACGCGGCUCUGAACAGUAGAAUCAUUUUCAGUGACAACUACCGCUCAACCAAAGAAAUUGUGGACUUUGUAUCCACCCAUUUCUACGUUGGUAAGAAUGAUGUUAUCAAAGCCAGUGGAAAGGUUCCAGCUCCUGAAAUUGGCCAUGCCCUAAAGUUUCACCAUGUCCGAGGAGAGUGUGUCUUGGACACUCGGUCCAUGUCUUGGUAUAACAAAGACGAGGUUGGAAAAGUGGUUGAAGAAGUAGAGGAGAUUCUCAAAAACUGGCCACAGACCUGGGGGACGAAGAACCAAAGGUCAAUCUGCAUCCUGUCAGAGGGAUCUCAGGUUCAGCAAAUUAGGAAAACACUUUCAAGAAGACGCCUUGCUGAAGUCCGCGUUGAGAAUCUUGCAAACGUACAAGGCAAACAGUUCAGGGCAGUCAUAAUGACAGCUGUGCAUACACGCGACAGCCUUAAAACAUCUCACCUGCCUGGUCUGGAGCUGUUUAAUGAUGCACGUGUGUUAAACACUGCAAUGACAAGGGCUCAGUCCCACGUGGUAGUGGUGGGAGAUGCUGCUGCCCUCUGUUGCUUUGGGAAAUGCUCAGGGGUCUGGAAGAGCUACGUCGACCACUGCAUCGGCAACAACAGUGUAGCACCGCAGCAUUUCACCAAAGAUUUCUUUGAAAAAGACAUCAUGGAAACUACAAGGUUUCAAAAGUCUGAACAUGUGGAUGAGAGCGACACUCUCAACGAUGCAAUUCUUCAAGAGUUGGAAGAUGAGUACGAACAGCUGAAAACAAAAUGUAGUUCAGAAGACGACGGAUUGAAAAGUUUGAAAGACUUUGACCACCACAAGUCAAGAUCAUCAUACAAUGUCAGUGGUGUCGAUACAGACCUUUUGGAGUUGUGCGAAAAACAACCAGAUGUGUACAAGCGAGGAACGGUGAUCAGGGAGACAUCAAAGAGAGGUUAUGUCAUACCAUUUCAUAACCCCACCACACAUAUCAGCAUCGAGGGAAUGACAAACCUAGGCAAGGUCUUCAGUGGGGACGAAGUGGUCACACAAACAACAAGAGAGGUCAUACAAACAACAAGAGAGGUCAUACAAACAACAAGCGUGUUCAGCAUCACCAAGGAAGCUGAAUCGGCUCGUGUGCUUGUGUGCCUGCUUGAGGAUGAGGAUCACAGCAAAUCAAGCCAAAAUUCGGAUGACAGAUAUGUCAAAAGGACAAUGAUUCCCAUUGUAAAAUCUGCACCCAAAAUACGCAUACUGAUCAGCAGGAAAAGACGUAACUCCCUUCCAAUAUGGGAGCAGAUAAAUGGAUAUUGGACAACUCCAUCAUAUGAACGUCUCAACGAAAAGCUCAAACAAAACAAUGUAUUUGUGGUGCAAGUGAUUGCCUGGAAAAAAAAAUGCCAUCUUCCAUUGGGGUACGUCAUAGAUAUUCUUCCAAUCGGAAGUUCUUUUUCUGAUGGCCUACAGAUCUUGAAUCUGGAAUUCAAUGUUGAACCCAAUACAUGUAAAUCAGAUGAGGUACUCUCCUCUGAAGAUGAAGACGGGAAACACAGACAGGACAUCAUUGAAGUGUUUACUUUCACUGUUGAUCCAAAAGAUGCAAAAGACAUGGAUGACGCCAUCAGUGUCAGAGAAAGUGGAGACCAUGAGUAUGAAUUGGGAGUCCAUAUUGCAGAUGUGGCUAGCUUUGUGAGUCCAACUGGUGAAUUGGAUGAGUUUGCAAAACAACUUGUAGCUACGUAUUACAGCAGUAGUAACGGUCCUAGGACCCCUUUGUUCCCCGAAGCCUGUAAUGACCACUUCAGUCUUCUGCCAAAUAAAGAUCGCAGGGUGAUUUCAUUAAUGUUCAAAGUAAAUAAGACAACACAUGAGAUCAUUGGAACGCCCAAAUUCCAGCUGUCGUUGAUCAAUUCUAAUCGGAAGUUGUCUUAUGAAGAGGCAGGGGACAUAAUCACCGAAAGAUAUAGAGACAAACCGAGAUUUGACUCUGCAGAAAACUGUGUGACAGUGGCUUAUUGUUUUGCAAAAGCCCAAAGGAAGUUGAGGCUUGUGGAUUGGGCUUACUCUCAACCUGACAAUGACAGAAUGCCCGGAAAGCGCAAAGCAAAUCUGAUGAUUGAAGAGCUGAAUGUGUUAUUCAAUGCACUUGCAGCUACGGAAUUGAUUGGUUUUGAGAAAACCAUGGCUUGCACACCCCUUCGCUGUCAAGGAGAACCAGAUCCUGAAAGGAUCGAAGAAUUCAAGAAGAAAUGCGAAGGAUUAAUAUCACUGUCUUUUCAUGUGCGGCACAAAGUUGAACAGGACGAGAAAUCCCCCCAAAAAAAGCCCAACAAGCCCUUUGAAAACUUCCGUAUACUCACAAACGUGUGGGAAGAUAUCCAGGCAGCUGCCAGAUCAGAUGAUAUCGACAGAAUGGUGGACCUGAUUGCUGCAGAUGACAUCCACCCUCAGCUCCAGCCAGUCGUUGAUCAGUUCAAAAGGUGCCUUCGGAAAGCUGAAUUCCUCUGUUCCAACUCUAGCGAAGCAGCGGUCGGGCAUUAUUCUAUGGGCUUAAAGUCUUACACCCAAGCAUCCUCACCAAUACGGCGAUACAUGGACAUCAUCUUGCAGAGACUUUUGCACUGCUUCAUAUGCAAGAGGGAUGCCCAAUACACUACCUUCGAGAUUAUGACUUUCUGCAGUCAAUCUGAUAAAAAACUCAAGGACAUCAAGGAGUAUGAACAAAAGGCUGAGCAGAUGCUCUUUGCAGUGAGCACGACAAAACAAAGUGCUUCAAAGUUAGCCUUUGUUGUUAGUCCCAAGGAUGACCGUUUAGCAUUGGCAUUUCCAUUUAACAAUAAUGUAUUUGCAGAGAGUUUAUCAAUAAUGUACAAACAUUUACAAUUGUGCGACCAACCAGAUUUUGAUGAAGCAAACAACUGCGUCACUCUCAAAUGGAAAAGACGAAUCUACGCAGCUGACAGCAUGCAAAUCCACCAAGAGCUGAAAAAGCCAGGCUGUGAUGCCUACAUUGAGCUUCCACUGACAGUAUGGAAGGCCACUGUUGAAGCAGUUGACACAAAAAACUGGGAUCAUGCAAAGUCUCUCACAAUCGAGGCUGAUAAAACGCGACUGAAAAAACAAAAGAUCCUGCCUCAAUCAGCUAUUGUGCCUCAUUCCAAGACUAACACAUGCACCAUUGAGAAGCAAGAGGAAAAGAAGGAGCAUGAGGCUGACAUCAGGCUUCAGUUGCAAAGAGGUGACACCCUUCAGAUCCAAAUGUCAACAGAGAUAAAAAGAGGUUAUCAAAUACCUGUUAUUCAGUUGGUGCGCAUUAAACCAAUGUUUGAGGUUUGUGUGCACCAUGUCCACAGCCCUAUCACAUGCUUCUCCAGAUCUGCAGAAGAGCCGUCAAGGCCUUUUUAUCGCAACAUCGAAGAGUACAAACAGAUAUGGAAACCAAUGUGUGAGAUGGAAUCUGCUUCCACUGCAGUGGAUGAAAGUGACAGCAUAGUCAUCGAGAACCUGGAGGUAAACUUCAUUCAGGAGCGGGGCGGCUCACUAGCAGGAAGCUUCUUCUUACCGGUCGCAUGGAUCAACGAAUGGGCCAUUGAAUGUAACCUGUCAAAGUGCUUACUGUGCAUACGGAAAAGAGGUUUGAAGUUUCUUUCAACCCCAGAGCAUUCUGUACUGGUGGACCCCAAAGUGUUUACAUGGGUGGCCCAUGGCGUCACAACACAAGUAGAACGGAAGAAGCCUCCAAAUGAAGGAAGUGCAGUGCAGUUCUAUGUCCAUCACCUUCCAAUGAAGGACAUUCCUGAUUGUGUCUUUGAGAGAAACACUUGUUUCACAGUGGAAAUAAUCCCAAAGCUCGUGCCUGACAUCCGGAACGAAGAUGCUGUGAUGAAAAUACCAUCUGCAUGUGAACUUGUCAUGAAUAUAGCACUUGGAAAACACGUUCCGAGAGAAGUGGAACCAAGGUGGCUCAGCUCGAGGAGAGCGAAACCAGAGGGACUACCAGACUUUAACAGCAGUCAGAGUCUUGCUGUGGCGAAAGCUCUAAAUAAUACCUUCACAAUCAUUCAGGGACCACCUGGAACUGGAAAGACAGUAGUAGGUGUUUACAUCGUCUACUGUUUCUUCGAGCUGAACAUGAUGAACCCAAGGAAAUUGGAUGACCCAGUGAAUAAGAACAAGAAGCAAGUCAUUCUCUACUGCGGCCCGUCCAACAAGUCUGUUGAUGUUGUUGCAGAAUACUUGUUGAAGUUUGAGCACAAACUACGGCCCCUCAGGGUGUACAGCCAACAAGUGGAGAUGCUUGAUUACCCUUAUCCCGCUCUUCAGUAUUCCCGGAGGUCAUCCCGCCAAGAACGCGGCAAAGAGGCGCUCAGGAGCAUCACCAUGCAUCACCGCAUGCGACAGGACCAAAACAUUUUCUCGGAGAAAAUACAAGAUUUUGAUCAACGCAUUAAACUUGCCAAUGAGAAAAAAGGAGCCGAGCUGACUGCUGAACAAGUGAAAGAAUACAAAGAUCUUCUCCGAGAUGCUCGGCAGUAUGAGCUUGAACGGCAUGACAUCAUACUGUGCACAUGUGCACAGUCUACCAUAUUAACCAAAACAGUCAGUGCACGCCAGAUCGUCAUUGAUGAAUGUGCAAUGGCCACCGAACCCCAGGCCCUGAUCCCGUUCGUCUACAACAAUCCAGAAAAGAUUGUUUUGAUCGGUGACCACAAACAGUUACGACCCAUUGUGAAGCAUGAGCAUGUGAAGAAGCUCGGGAUGGCCAAGUCACUGUUUGAACGCUACUAUACAAUGCACAAGAAAAGGGCAGUGAUGCUGGACACCCAGUAUAGAAUGCAUGAGAGCAUAUGCGAGUUCCCGUCAAACGAAUAUUAUGAGGGAAAACUGCAAACUGGGGUGGAGCAGCCAAGCAGCGUCCUGCGUGUUGGAGACAAGACAAUGCCAAUUGUCUUUGGGCACAUCGUUGGAGUGACAGUCCGUCUGGUCAUCAACACAGUCAAGGGCAACGAGAACUCUAAAGCAAACAAGGAAGAGAGCGACAAAGUGGUUGAGAUUGCUGAAAAACUGGUGAGGAUCGCCAAAAUUGAAGAGCCAAGCAUUGUGAUUCUGACACCCUAUAAUGCCCAAGUGUCAGAAAUCAAAGACAGGCUGAGAGACAAGAAACUGGAUCAGAUCACUGUCACCACAAUCACUAAAAGCCAAGGGAGCGAAUGGCGUUACGUCAUCUUAUCCACAGUGUGCUCUCUGCCAAGUGAAGAGAUUAAGAUAGAUCCAGAACCCGGAUGGCUGUCCAAACAUCUGGGCUUUGUGGGCGAUCCCAACCAGAUCAACGUGGGCAUUACCAGGGCCAAGGAGGGACUGUGCAUCAUCGGGAACCAAGCGUUGCUGAACUGCAGUAGAGGUUGGAGGAAUCUCCUGGCCCACUACAGGCGUCACAAUGCAAUGACAGAUGCACACAAAAUCAAUGUGCUUGUGGCACAUAGCUGAACUAAUCCUUCCUUUAUAAGGGACUGGAUUUCUGUAAGUAGCAGAAGAACAGAGCAGCACGACUCCCGUAAACAUGUUCUAUUUGUUGUAACUUUUGAUCUACUCUUUUUACAGUUUUACAGUAUAUUUGAGGUUUUUGAUAUUACAUUUGAUGUGUUCUGUUUUUCCUUGCUAUUGAAUAUAAACAGGAAAUCCUACAACUUCUAGAUCAUCUGUAUCUUGAAUGAUAUUCUUAGAUGUGCACAUUUAAACUCUAAACGUUCAGGUUCAAAGACUGACUAGUCUGAGUUUUUCAUGUUUGUGUUUAUGAAAAGUUGUUAAAGAAACAACUGCCCGACUGUGUUUUGAUACCUUAAGAUCUUGUAUGUUCAGGGAUUAGCUUCGGCUACAGAAAUUGUAAUAAAACAUUGUCAUUGAAUAUA